GGGCACCGAGUCGUCUGGCAAGACUGCGGGCACCGAGUUGUCUGGCAAGACUGCGGGCACCGAGUCGUCUGGCAACACCGAGUCGUCUGGCAAGACUGCGGGCACCGAGUCGUCUGGCAGAACAGCGGGCAUCGAGUCAACCAGGCGGGACUGAGGGCACCGAGGUCGCCUGGCAAGACUGCGGGCACCGAGUCGUCUGGCAAGACUGCGGGCACCGAGUCGUCUGGCAAGACUGCGGGCACCGAGUCGUCUGGCAAGACAGUGGGCUCCGAGUCAACAGGCACGACAGUGGGCACCGGGUCAUCAGGUAUCGGAUUGUCUGGCUCGACAGCGGGCAUCGGGUCACCAGGCAUCAGGUCAUUUGGCUUGCCAGCGGGCACCGCGUCAUCUGGCAAGGCAGUGGGCACCGGGUCACCAGGUAUGACAGCGGGCUCUGAGUCAAUUGGCACGACAGCGGGCACUGGAUCAGGUACCGGAUCAUCUGGAUCAACAGCGGCAUCGAGUCAACUGGCCUAAUAGGAUCGUCGGGCUGGAUCAGUUCAUCAUGCUGAGUAGUGGCAUCAGGCUGAAUGCAGGCAU